GUGACCAUCGAAGUGGUGGAUGAUCCUCAGGCUGAGAUGGAGAUGGACUUGUUGAAGGAGACAAGCAAUGACUGGUCCCUGACAUCCUCUGAGUGGUUGUCCCACAAGGACCUCUUCUGGCCCCUCUUCUGGGAAUACACCGAUCCUGCUGAGGAGGAGGAGGAGGAGGAGGAAGAGGAGGAAGAAGAUGACAACCUGGAUGUAGGGGACAGGGAGGAGGAAGAGGAUGAGGAGGAGGAAGAUUACACAGCAGAGUAUGAGGAGGAGGAGUCCAUACUCAGUGGAGUGGGAGGUGACUGGGACCAGCGGUGGCCUGGGCAGAAGAACUGGAUCUUUAAGGAAAAAUAUAAUUACGACUAUGAAGAUGAGGAGGAGUGGAGCCCGUGGUCGCCUUGCAGCACCACUUGUGGCAGUGGCAACCAGAAGAGGACCCGGUCCUGUGGCUAUGCCUGCACAGCGACAGAGUCAAGGACCUGCGACCUGCCGCGCUGCCCUGGAGCAGAGGGGGAAAUGGUCUUCCCCACAGAGGAGACGCCUUUCAAAAGCGACAACACCACAGAGCUGUUCAACUCAGAGGUGGACAGCUGUGAGAAGUGGCUGAACUGCAAGAGCGACUUCCUCACCAAGUACCUGAGCAAGGUGCUGACGGACCUGCCCAGCUGCCCCUACAGAUCCCUUCCUCAGCCUAUCGACCGACUCUUUGAACUCAAGCCGAUCUGA